AUGGACAUACAUCCAACUCGGGGACCAAACGCGUGUAACUUAUGGUCCAUAGAGUUCUUGAGGAACUGUUCAAGUUCUUCGCAGAUCAGACGCAGUAAUCUUCUAAUGGGAAUGGAGGUGGCUAAUAUAUGCACACUUGAUUCAAAUGAUCUUACAAGUAAUGAUACAACCAUUAACAAUGAUUCAGCAAAACUUUCUAUAAAUGGAAACUCAAAUGGUGUGAAGGAGUUUGAAGAGAAGAAAUGUGUUAUUGAAGAAAUGGAACCUAAAAAUGAACAUUGUGAAGAUCAAAGACAAGAGGAAGAAGAUCAUGACACAUUGGAGAAGACAAUAUCUGAUACUACUACUCAACAUCAACAAACAGAAGGUGAAGUCAAGAAGUUGACCACAACAGUCAAACCUUUGACCAAAUCUUCUAAAACAAAACACACAGUCCCACAGCCAUUUGCUCUUGCUACUGAAAAACGCGCGCAAUGUGGAACUCGCCCUGUUGGCAAUCCUGUAGCCAAGUCAUCAUCUCAUUCAAAGAAAACAAAUGAGAUAAUUCCACCUUCAGUAGCAAGGAAGCCGUUGCAACCAGAUAACAAGAAGCAUCCGGAUGAUGAUGAUUCUUGUUCUGUAGCAUCUUCUACUGCUGCAUCAGCAAGGACAAUAAUGUCCAAAUCCACUUCUGCAUCCGCUCCGGUUUUCAGGUGUAGCACACGCGCAGAGAGACGAAAAGAGUUCUAUUCCAAAUUAGAGGAGAAACAACAAGCACUUGAAGCUGAGAAAGUUCAAUGUGAGGCAAGAACCAAGGAAGAAAAAGAAGCAGCAUUGAAGCAACUGAGAAAGAGCUUGUUAUUCAAGGCAAACCCAAUGCCAAGCUUCUACCAUGAGGGCCCACCACCCAAGACUGAGCUAAAGAAGCCACCACCAACACGUGCAAAGUCACCAAAACUUGGAAGAAGAAAAAGCUGCAGUGACACCACCGGUUUAGACAAGAGAAGUGGAGCAAAUGCUAGAGUUCGAAAUAGCCUUGGAAUCUACAGAGUGACAACAAACCAAAAGGACAAAAUUACCCUUCAAACCACCACUGAAGAAAUGGAAGACCCAAAUGGGUCAAUUUUGUCCAACAUUAUUACUCAAGACUUUGAUGCUAAGAUUGAUAUGCAAUCUUAGAGGGAGGUUUUUAUGGUGAGUUUUUUUCUAAUUCAAUACAAUUUCGAUUGUAUUUUUAAAUUUUAUUUUUUAACUUUAUCAUGUGGUCGUUAUCAUCUUGAUUGAGAAUAUGUUGAAGUUAUAUUUUGUUGACAUGUUUGGUAUUUAUAAAUUAUAAUGUAUGAGGUGUAAAUUAUACUCCAAGUUGUGUACUUAUCUGUGGAAGAAAACAAAAUGUUGUAUUGUUAAAAA